CGUGAGUAGGCCCAGUGGAUUGCUGGUCCCCUGCUGUACAAUGGUGUGCGCCUCGCCCCUCCCGCGCCAGGCCCUCGGUGGUGCCGUGUGUCAAGGAGGAAACACUUGUGAAGAACCCUUGGUGCCUGAUUAACGAAAUGUAACGUGCUGGGAUCAAGACAGCAGGGAUCAACACGCUUCACAGCACCACAGGAGAACAGCAUGGGACAGGCAAGGGCAGACUGUGCAGGAGUAACAACUGGAAGACUUGGUGCUUGCCGUUCGCUGUACAGGGCAUUGUAUUGUGAUAACUGCAUAUUCUUUCCUGAAGACACAAUGACUAGUAAGAAACCUCAAACAAAAGUGUCAUCAUGGGUGGUGUCCAGCUUCUCGGAUUUUGAUCUUAGCUCCUCUCCUCCUGCCGACAAGAAGAUUGGUAAGCGUUCCCGAGACACGGGUGGCCGAAAUGACGGCAGACAGAAGCGUCUCCAGGCAUCACAGCAGCUCCAGGGCAGGUCAGCACUGUGGGUGGACCUGUAUGCUCCCUCCACACAAGAGGACCUUGCUGUUCACAAGAGAAAAGUGCUUGAGGUGGAGUCUUGGUUGGUAGAGAGUUCAUAUGGAAGAAAGGGGAGAAAGCUGCUGCUGCUAACUGGGCCUGCAGGAUGUGGGAAAUCUGCCACUGUCAGGGUCCUUGCCCGGGAAGCAAAACUCAAUCUAGUGGAGUGGACCAACCCCACCACAACACCUUAUAAUAAUAAUUUUAUGGAACAAGAAAAUGUGUGGAGACCUGAUGACACGGUGGUCCCAGUCAGCCAGACCACACAGUUCUGGGAGUUCUUGAUGCGGUGCAGCAAGUACAACAGUGUGUGCACAACAGACAAGAGAGAGAACCUGGUGUGUGUGGAGGAUUUCCCCAAUGCUAUUCUCAGAGACCCAGCAUCUUUUCAUACCAUGCUCAGGAAAUACAGUCAGUGGAGCAACAGCAGCCCAGUGGUGUUCAUUGUGACAGACUCCACCAACCAGUAUGGGAAUGUGAAGCGACUCUUUCCUCCUGACUUGGUGCAGGAACUCUCCAUUGUCAGCAUUGGAUUCAAUCCCAUUGCAAGUGGGCUGUUAGUAAAGGCUCUGAAUCGCAUCCUGAGCAUAGAGAGUGCCGGUGAAGGUGGGUUGAGGCUUCCACUGCCCUCCAAGGAGGUGCUGCAGAGUCUGACAGACGCCUCAGGGGGAGACAUUCGCAGUGCCAUCAAUGCUCUUCAGUUUGCCACUAAAAAGGAUGUAAGUAAGAUUGGAGGAUUAUUUACUGGCCCAUCAAAGAAGGACAAGCCAGGCAGCAGAGGGAAGAGCAGCACCAAGUCAAAGCCUGCAGUGAGUAGCGAGGAUGCUCACGUGGCUGUGGGAGGAAAGGACGCAUCACUCUUCCUUUUCAGGGCAUUGGGAAAAGUCCUCUAUUGCAAGCGAGACUUAGAUAAGGGGAUUGUUGACACUUUGCCCGAACACUUGAAGAAAAAUGAGAGACUGCCCUUGCAAGAGAAUCCAGAAAGUAUCUUUGAGAAGACAUCCAUGGGAGCUUCAAGUUUCAGCCUUUUUCUUCACCAAAAUUAUUUGAACUUCUUCUCAGACAUUGAGUGUGUGGCAAAAGCAGCUCAUUAUCUCUCAGAUUCAGAUGUGUUGACUGCUGAUUGGAUGGAACGAGAUGUGCUGGAGGGAUAUUCAGCAUCAGUGACAGCGAGAGGCUUGAUGCACCCCAAUAAAGACGGCACCUCUGGUGGUGCAUGGCGGCCCAUCACCCGGCCACAGUGGUAUGCUGUCACAAAGAAAAUGCAAGAGCACUCCUUGGCAAUCAAGGAGGAACACUGUAAACACUCACUCACAACAGAGGAACUCAUGACUAUCUUGGUGCCAUUCAAAUGCAGAAUUUUACCAGGAUCAUCACAUACUUUUUGUGAGGUGGGUCUGUUGUCAAGCUCUCAGAGGAUUAUCUAUACAGAACGCUUAGGAGAGAAGGAUGUUAGCAGCAUCGGCACUGAGGCAGAGGAAGUAGACAGAACUGUCCCUUCUGUGCUACCUGGACCACCAACAGUUUCCAGCAGCAGUCAAGUUGAGGAAGAUCCAGAUGAGGAAUUAACAAUUGAGGAUCCAGAUGAUGACUGAAUUGGGUGUCCAAUCAAUCAGUUUUCUUUUAGUAGUCAUGUGCUUCCAUUGCACAGGAACUAAAGUGAAAUUUGAAAAAUGUUAUUUUAUAUUUAAUAUGAAGUUUGUAUUCUUUAUUGUAAGAAGUAAAUAACUUGCAUUUUGGAGUGAUUUUGAAUUAAAAGAAUGAACAUUACACCUGAUUUUCAUGAACUUUAUACAUGAUCAAGAGGUCUCUGGCACAAAAGACUGUGUGUAUACACAAGACAAUAUUAUUGUUCACAAGGCUAGUGAAGAGUCAUAGAAAUUGACUCAUACCAGAACAAUGAUACUGAUGAGUGAAUGUGUAUCAACAAAAGUUGGAAAUACAUGAGAUAUAGAAA